AUGCCGAAAUCAAAAAAAUCUGCUGCAGCUCUAGAGAAAAGGAGGUUGAAAGAUGCAAUUUUAAACAAUGAAAUCAAAUAUGCUCUUCGCGUGCUGCAGUCAAAGAUCCCGUAUGUGCAAGGAAAAGAAAAUCUGUCAAAGCAAAAGACUCUCCUUCUCUCCAUCAUGUACAUUAGAUACCUGGAAAAUAUUCUUCAACAGGAUUCUCAAACUGGCCCAACCAACCUUCCUGAUUUUUCGAAAACCGUUUGCGUUGUUUUGGCUCAACGGAAUGACCAUCGAGAGCGAGGAAAGAAAGAAUUGGAGAUGAAAAAGGAAAAGGAAAACAAAGAUGCUGGAACUCCUCUUCUACUCUCUGAGAAGUUCCAACACCUGGAGUCACUUCCCAAUUGCAACCAGCAAUUGCCUUCGGUUGACCAAUACAACUCGUAUGUUAACUACUUCAAUAACUUCUAUAUGUCUCCCUUCGAUUGUUCAUUUACUCAUUAG